UGCUGCUGGUUAGGAACACUGACUGAUUAGUAGGAACAUGUUUAUAGCGAUGCAAUGCCUACAUCCUUCUUCAAGGAAGGAUGUGUUGCUGUCAGUGCUGGAAGCGCUCUCUUCUGUCAGUCCCUCCAGGGAUUACUUCUACUGCAAAGAGCCACCUUGCCCAAGGCCAUGCCCUUCCUCCUGUUAAACCUGUUGCCAUCGAGUCGAUCCCCACUCACAGCAACCCUAUAGGACAGAACAGAACUGCCCCAUAGGGUAUCUGAGGAGGGGCUGGUGGAUUCGAACUGCUGACCUUUUUGGUUAGCAGCCAUAGCUCUUAACCACUGUGCCACCAGGCUCCAUGCCCUUCCUAGGUAGGCCCAUUUUGGCCCAAGUGGGAAAGCUCUGGCAGGCCAUUUUAGUUCCAGACUUCCCAUGGGAAUGGCUGAAGCUGUUGUCAGAUCUACCUUGCAGUUUGACUUCUCCUUCUGCCUGAUCCUGCUUCCUUAGCCUCCCUUCCACAGGUAUUGACCCCAAGGCCCUCACUAAUAAACAUUCAUACGUUAAACUUCAUCUCAGGGCCUGCUUCCAAGAGAACUCAGCUUGCAACAGACUGUUCUCCAAAUCUCCAGUAUUUGUUGAUAUCUCUGUUUUGUGGCUGUCUUCUCUGUUGUUCUCUUUGACCUCAUGGGUUUAUACCUGUUUUAUUAAUUUAAUGCCAUUUUAUGGGGUUUUAAGAGGGAAUGGAGAUAAAUGUAUGUGUUGAUCCACCAUUGUAUUAGUCAGGGUUAAAUUGUAGAAGACAGAAUUCAUUUAAGCUAUUUAAAACAGCCACCACCCAUCUGUCAGUUUGUUGUACUGUGGUGGCUUGUAUGUUGCUAUGAUGUUGAAAGCUACACCACUGGUAUUUCAAAUAUGAGCAGGGUCACCCACGGUUUACAGGUUUCAGUGCAGCAUCCAGAUUAAGAUAGAUCAGGAAGAAAGCCCUGGUGAUCUACUUCCAAAAAUUAGCCAGUAAAAACCUCAUGGAUCACGACAGAAUAGUGUUGAUAUAGCGCUGGAAGAUGAGCCCCCUGGGUUGGGAGGCACUACUCAAUAGCCGCAAAAAUGAAUUCAAACAUACCAAUGAUCAUGAAAGUUGCGCAGGACCAGGAAAUGUUUUGUUCUCUUACACAUAAGGUUGCCAUCAGUGGGAGCUGACUUGAUGGCAACUGGGAACAACAACAUUUAAAACAGAAAGGGUGUCCCCCGGACACCCUUUCAGCUCAGUAAUGAUGCCAUCCCUGAGGUUCACUCUUCAGCCAAAGAUUGAACAGGUCCAUGGAACAAAACAAGACUAAAGGGGCGCACCAGCCCUGGGGCAGGGACUGGAAGGCAGGAGGGAACAGGAAAGCUGGUAAUAGGAAACCCAGGGUUGAGAAGGGAGAAGAAGACAUGUUGUCGGGUUGUUAACCAAUGUCAUAGAACAAUGUGUGUACUAACUGAUCAGAAACUAAUUUGUUCUGUAAACCUUCAUCUAAAGUACAAUUAAAAACAAAACUAAAAAAAAAAAAAAAAACAACAGAAAGAGUAUUUUGGGGGUAUUCAAUGGUGAGGUAGAUUUAUUGUAGUGAUAGCCCCAAUUCUUCACCCGUCCUUUGUAAUGUGACUUUGAACUCCUCUCAUCCAGGGGUUGAAUCUAUUUCCCCACCCCUUUGAAUCUGGGCUGGCCUUUUGAUUUGUUUUGGCCAACAGAAUGUGAGGGAAGUGAUAGGUACCACUUCUAAGCCUAAUCCUUAAGAAGUCUGGCAUAUUCUGCUCUUCCUCUUGGAAGCCUUCUUCUACCAUGAGAACAAUCCAGGCUAGCCUGCUGGAAGGUGAGAGCCCACACAGAGCAGAGAGGAGCUGUCCUAGCUGAGGCCAUCAGAGACCAAGCGGUCUCUAGCCAAUCCAUGGAUGGGCCCCAAAAGCAUGAGUAAGCUCAGCUAAGAUCUGCAGAACUAGCCAGCUGACUAUAGAUUUAUGAGCAAUAAUAAAUGGUUAUUGUUUUAAAGCACUGUGUUUGGGGUGGUUUGUUACAUAGCAUUAUUAUGAAAAUACCUGUUGCCAUUGAGUAGAUUCCGACUCAUACCAGCCCUAUAGGACAGAGUAGAACUGCCCCAUAGGGUUUCCAAGAUGUAAUCUUUAUGGAAGCAGGUUGCCACGUCUUUCUCUCGAGUAGCUUCUGGUGGGUUCGAACCACCUAUGUUUUGGUUAGCAGCCAAGAGCUUAACCAAUGAGCCACCAGGGCUCCUUUGUUGUGACAAUAGAUGAUUGAUACAAGUGGUUUACAGAAUCAUUGGGAGGGCUGAAGAAGCAGACUUUAGGGCCACAUCACAGAUCAGACUCACUAAAGGAGCUUGCAGUCAGGAAGUUGUAGAACCAGGAAGCUGCCUGCUGAAUUGAGCUGCCUCAAAUAGCUGCCUGCUACAAUCACUGGCUCCAGAACCGUAUCACCUCUGCUGUGAGUAGGAAGCUGCUGAUUCAGCUGCCAGCUCCAGGACCACGCUGCUGCUGCUGCUGCUGCUGCCUCCGCCAUGAUAAAUACCAUCAUAAUAGGUGUCUCGUGUUCUGCCUUUCUUCUAACUAGCCUUCAGGCAAGUGCUUCUGAUUGGCAGAAUGUUAGCUACACCUGAACCUCAGCUGUAAAAGGGUCUAGGAAAGGUAGGUUUCAGCUUUCUAGCUUCUGCAGUAUAUGAGAAAGAGGCCGGAAGGGAUUUGGAAUGUGAGUCCUCAGUAUCUGCCACAUUCAUGAUGAAUUGAAAUAGGCACAGUUUCUAAAACUUAACCCCUAGGUAGUGUUCAAUGAUACUGAAUCAAUUUGUUUAAAUUUAUAUGUAGUUUUUUACAAUUGAGCCUACCACUUUCUAAAUUGUAAGACAUUGUUAAUUCAAUUAAUAAAAUUUGAAAGACUGGAGGAUGAACAACAUGGUACUAAGAUUUUAUAAAUUCAUUUAUAAUUUAUAUAAAAAACUUCUUAAAGGAACCAACAAUUAUAAGCCACAGUCCUUGGGUAGCUCCAAUGGUUAAGCAUUCGACUACUAACUGGAAGGCUGGCAGUUAGAACCCACCCUGAGGCACCUUGGAAGACAGGCCUGGCGAUCUGUUUCCAAAAGGUCACAGCCUUGAAAACCCUAUGGAGCAGUUCUACUCUGCACACUUGGGGUCAACGAUGAUUUGGGAUCAACUGGACAGCAACUAACAACAACAACAAAGAGAGAAAAACUAACUUUACAUUCUGAAAAGCUCUUAGUCCCUUGUUGAUACUUGAUAUAGCUUUACAGAAAGAACAGUAACGUCAGAAGGAAUAAUAACGGUGAUUUGGUCUUGACCAGUUAUUAAGUUAAUAUACAUUAACUAUAUGAUAAAAGAAUAUUCCAAAUUUUAUUUUUGCUAAAGUGUAAAGAUUUAUGAGGUUUUUAGGUAGGCCAGUGGGUAGUGCCCUCUGACCUGGCUUUAACACAUGGCACCUGGUCUUAAGUGGUCAGAAAAAUAAUGCUGGCACAUCCGCAGAGUUAGCAAUCCCAGAAAAAUCUGUGUCACUGUGAGUUCUUUUGUAGGGAUGGUAAUUCAAGACAAGGGAUAAUCGGUGAAGAAUGGAAGGCAAUUGCCAGAUAACAGAAGAAAUGAAAUUGUGCAAUCAGAUUCAUUCAAAGGAAAAGGCAGUGAAUACCUAUGGAAAAACGCAAAAGAAAGCAGUUGUCAGGCUGUUUUUUGGCAAAGACUGAGUUCAAGGUUUAACAGGGAAAGCCCACGCUCCAAUCUCACCCUUUUGUACUCUGCAUUAUGGGGCCCUGGGUAGUGCAAACGGUUAAAUGUUUGGCUACUAAAGGAAAAGCUGAUGGUGCAAGCCCACCCAGAGGCACCUCGGAAGAAAGGCCUGGUGAUCUACUUUCAAAACAACCAGCCAUUGAAAAUUCCAGUUCUGCCCUGAAACACAUGGGGUUGCCAUGAGUCGGAAUCCACUUGACGAUAUCAGGUAGCACCUUCAAAUGAAUUUUUAACUAUCUCACUGAUGACGAAGACGAACAGAGAGAUAUCAAUUACGAUUCGGGAAUACAAGCCUUUGUAGAAAAUGCUUAAAGGAGAGCAUCAAGGAUUUGCGUUAAUAUUCGACAGUUUAAAAGAAGGAAUUACGAAAGAACCAAGUUUUAUUUCAAAGAGAAGAGUCCCUUACCGUGACCCACAGAUUUCAGAAUCUCUUGAGUGGAAGGGAUCUAACUCUGAGAACAACGUGGUUGUGUCAGCAGAACCUGAAGCUCCAAUAUUGCAAGAGACAGAACAAAAAGAAGAUGUUAACCAAGAAGAAGUUCUCGCACUGGAAGUUUCCAGACUUCCCAAGAGAACCAGAUCUCACUCUGCGGACUCCAGAGCUGAAGGGACCAUAGACCUUGUGGAAAAUAAUGAGGAUGUAAAAGCAAACCAUACACCAGUUAACGAAAACGUGGAACUGGAACACUCUACCAAGCUUCUUUCAGAAAAAGCAGAUAGUGGGUUGGAUAGACUUCUACGAAAGAAAGCUGGGUUGACUGCUGUUCCUUCUCAUAAUGCCUUGAGAAAUUCUGAAUAUCAAAGGCAGUUUGUUUGGAAGACUCCUAAAGAAGCAGCUCCGGUUUUUGCCAAUCAGGUUUUGCACAAUAAAAGCAAAUUUGUUCCACAAUUCAAAGGUAACUCAGUCAUCCAUGAAACUGAAUACAAAAGAAAUUUCAAGGGCUUAUCUCCAGUGAAAGAACCAAAGUUAAGAAAUGAUUUGAAAGAGAAUGGAAAUCUCGAAACUAUAUCUCCUGAAAAGAAGUGUAAUAAAAAGGAUGAUCCUUUAAAAUCAGAAGGAGAGAUGGCAUUGAAAGACCUAAACCAGCCUAAAAAGAAGCUUACUCCUUGGAGUCAUCAGAGGCUUGGGAAGGUGAAUUCUGAAUAUAGAGCAAAGUAUCUGAGCCCAGCUCAGUAUCUAUAUAAAGCUGGGGCUUGGACUCGUGUGAAGGAAAACAUGCCAGAUCAGGGUUCCCUAAAUGCCAUGUGGUAUGCGGAGGUUAGAGAACUCCGAGAGAAGGCUGAGUUUUAUAGGAAACGAGUCAUGGGAACACAUUUUUCUCGGGACCAUUUGAAUCAGAUUCUAUCUGAUAACAACAACUGUUGGGAUGUCUCCUCAACCACCAGCUCAGAGGGAACGAUUAGUAGCAACAUCAGAGCUCUAGAUCUUGCUGGAGACCCUACAAGCCAUAAGACUUUGCAGAAAUGUCCUUCUACCAAACUAGAAGAAGAAAAACCUGUCUUGGAAGAACAGCCCCCUAAAUUUACCACAGAGAAAUUGGGCACAUCAGGUGCCCCCACUAUGCCUGUUAAAAGACGUCUAGCUUGGGAUGCAGAUAACACCGUUGAAGAUUCACAAAAACAGCCAAAAGGGGAGCAGGAGGAGGAAAGUGAAAGGGACAAGCAGGUUUAUAUGGGAGAUCUGGAGAAGUUGGAAGUAAAUGAAAAAUCUGAGGCAGACAAGAUAAACGAAGUGUCAGAUUCUUCUUCUAUAUCCUCAGGAAAAGGAGGCAGGCUUCCUACACCAAAGCUGAGAGAACUUGGUGGAGCCCAGAGGACGCAUCAUGACCUUACCACUCCAGCUGUUGGUGGUGCUGUUUUAGUAUCUCCAUCUAAAGUGAAGCUUCUAGUGCCACAACAGAGGAAAAAAAUGUUCCCUCAGGAUGGCUUAGCAACUGCAAAGAAUGAGUUUACCAAGAAAGAAAGUCACACUAUAUCCCUACUGACUUCUCCGGCUGCUGGUGUAAAAACAGUUGAUCCCCUGCCUUUAAGGGAGGAUUCUGAAACCAAUAUCACCAAAUUUGCUGAAGAAACUCAUCCAGUUUCAAAAAUUCCAGUGUCUCCAGCAAACACCCCUAGGCAGUAUCCUCCUCCACCCUAUGCACCAUCCUACUGGCAUCCUUCUCGUCGAAUUCAGGGGUCUCUAAGAGAUCCAGAGUUUCAGCAUAACGUGGGAAAAACAAGGAUGAGCAAUUUCCAGUUGUCGCAACAUGAUGCCUUUAAUGAUGAAGAUGACAGAUUGUCUGAGAUUUCUGCUCGCUCUGCAGCUUCUAGUCUCCAGGCUUUCCAAACGCUGGCACGAGCUCAGAAAAGAAAGGAGAACUUCUGGGGCAAAACGUGAUCAAAUGUGUACCUAGUUGAGUUGCUUAUAUUUAGGGAACUGUUAGCAUUAUUUUUCUUUAUUGCUUACUGUGUUAAGAUUUUUCAAGUGUUUGGAUUUUUUUUUUAGCAUUCCCUACUUAAAAAGAAUUAUCGAUUUUUCAAUAGUCAAUUUACUUGGAAAUUUUUAACACGGGUUUUUGCAAUUUAACUUUUAAAGAAUUCUUUUUAUAUUUAUCCCAAGGUACAAAGAGACAGAUGACCUAGUUCUUCACAUGUUCUGACUUUUGUAUUAGGUGUCAGCCGUAGCUCCUAGAAUUGAGAAUUUCACCCAUCUAGAGAAUAUUCUAAAAGGAUGAACAGAGUGCAAUAAAAAUUAAGAUCCAAGUUUGAAGUAUGUAUUCUUCCAAGAUUGGUUGUAUGUGUCUUCAUAAUUGUAGAAGUCAUAAAAAUGAACUUGUUGUUCCAUUAACUUUUACUGUAGUGUUAAUUUUAGUACCUUCUGUGUGUGGUAACAGUGUUAUUUAAGAUAAUGUACUUUAAGAUUGAAAAUACUAGCUGUAUAUAUUUUUAUUUAUGUAACAAAGUUUGUUGAGAGAAUAUAUUUUUGAUGCUUGUGUGUAUUGCAUUUGUAUAAGAACUUUGGCUUACAUUUGAAUAAUGUCUGAAUUUUAAAAAAAUUAUUUGUAUAAUGGGAUUUGAACUUUAUAGACAUUUCAAAAUAAAAAUUAAUCAAGUAUGUUUUCUUUCUCCAGAAAGUAAUUAAAUUGAGCAAAUAAUUAUCUUUUAGAAAUAUUAAUCAAAAUUUAUACUUCUUUUGUGGCUGUAAAAAUGCAAACGAACUGAGUCCACGAUAUUUUUGCAUAGGGCAAAUACAGAAUUUCCAAGGCAAGCUUUUUUUUUUUUCUUUUAACCCAUCCUCUUUUAACUCUUCACUCAUGGACAUGCUGUUGCAAAUCACAGUAAUUUUAACUUUCUAAAAAAUACAGAUUUCAUAAAAUCUGUUGUUUAAAAUCUUUACAAUAAAGCAUAGGAGGUACUGAAGAUUACAUGUAGUGUCAGUUAGAAAACAAGUGUACUAUCUCUUCUAAAGUGUUUAAUCUGGUUAAAGUACCUCUACAAGCCAUUGAUUUACAAUAAGUUAUUAAUGAUUUUAAGUUCCAUGAAGUUGGAAAGAACUGUGGGCAUACAAACAUUUGCCUGCAUUCCACUGAUCUUUUCAAGUAGUUUAUUCAUAAAAAAAAUUACUAAAGCACUAAAGAUGCAAAUAAAAGUUAGAUAUAAUUUACUGUAUAACUGGAGUUCAGAACACACGUUUUCUUUUUUAAUUAAAAAAAUUUUUUUUAUUGUACUUUAGAUGAAGGUUUACAGAACAAACUAGCUUUUCAUUAAGUAAUUAGUACCCAUAUUGUUUUGACACUGGUUGACAACACUCUCCCCUUCUGGACCUUGGUGUCCCUAUUAUCAGCUUUCUUAUCCCCUUCUGCUUACUUGUCCUUGCCUGUGGGCUGGUGUGCUCAUUUAGUCUUGUUUUGUUUUAUGGGCCUGUCUAAUCUUUGGCUGAAUGGUGAACCUCAGGAGUGACUUCAUUACUGAGCUAAAAGGGUGUCCAGGGGCCACACUCUUUGGGGUUUCUCCAGUUUCUGUCAGGCCAGUAAGAUGGCCUUUUUUUUUUUUUUUCUGGUGAGCUAGAAUUUUGUUUUACAUUUUUCUGUAGCCCUAUCUGGGACCCUCUAUUAGAAUCCCUGUCAGAGCAGUUGGUGGUGGUAGCUGGGCACCAUCUAGUUGUGCUGGACUCAGUCUGGUGGAGGCUGUAGUACUUGUGGUCCAUUAGUUGUUUGGACUAGUCUUUCCCUUGUUUCUUUGGUUUUCUUCAUUCCCCGUUGAUCCAGAUGAGGUGAGACCAGUGAAUAUCUUAGAUGGCUGCUCACAAGCUUUUAAGACCCCAGAUGCUACUCACCAAAGUAGAAUGUAGAACAUUUUCUUUAUAAACUAUGUUAUGCCAAUUGAGCUAGAUGUUCCCUGAGACCGUGGUCCCAGCCCUCAGCCCGGUAAUUAGGUCCCUCGGGGAGUUUGGAUGUGUCUGUGGAGCUUCCAUGACCUUGUCUUUGACAAGUUAUGCUGGCUUUCUCAGUAUUGUGUACUGCCUUACCCUUCACCAAAGUUACCACUUAUCUAUUAUCUGUUAGUGUUUUUCCAUCUCUGCCCCACCCCUCCCUUGUAACCAUCAAAGAUUGUUUCUUUUUGUGUGUAAACCGUUACAUGAGUUUUUAUCGUAGUGGUCUCACAUGAUAUUUGUCAUUUUGUGGUUGACUUAUUUCACUCAGCAUAAUGCCCUCCAGAUUCAUCCAUGUUGUGAGAUGCUUCACAGAUUCAGCAUUGUUCUUCACUGUUGCGUAGUAUUCCACUGGGUGUAUGUACCAUAGUUUGUUUAUCCAUUCAUCUAUUGAUGGGCAUCUAUUGUGAACAGUGCUGCAAUGAACAUGAGUAUGCAUAUGUCUGUUUGUGUGACGGCUCUUAUUUCUCUAGGAUAUAUUCCUAGGAGUGGGAUUUCUGGAUCAUACAGUAUUUCUACUUCUAGCUUUCUAAAGAAGCACCGUAUCAUUUUCCAAAAUGGUUGUACCAUUUUACAUUCCUACCAGCAGUGCAUAAGAAUUCCAGCCUCCCCACAGCCUCUCCAACAUUUGUUAUUUCUGAUUCAUGCCAGUAAUGUUGGGGUGAGAUGGUUUCUUAUGGUGCUUUUGAUUUGCACUUCUCCAAUGGCUAGUGAUUGUGAGCAUUUCCUCAUGUAGAACACACAUUUUCUUGGCUUCUAUGAAAAUGGGCACUGAGGCAUAUUAGUUGUAAAGUAACUUGUCUCUCUAGAAGCUUAGAGGUAUCAUCAUCUUAUUCAAAUGUUCGUUAGGACAGAGUUCGAUGGCAGAUCACCAAUCAAUGGUAAAGAAAGGGUUGGAAUUACAGCCAGCUUGCAGGGAACAAUGCAUAACACAGUCUCUUUUAAGCCACAGACUGAAAAUCUGGGUAUACCUAUUGGAGUAAGUCACACCACAUGACCUUGAUCUAUCAGAUGCCUAGGUCAAUUAGGGCAUGGAUCUCACGACCAAGGUCAUGGCCCAAGCCUGUGCAUGACGAACUAGCUCUGCAAUAUACUACUGACUGCCUCUCUUAAAAAUCCUGCUCAGUCAUCUUGUACAUGUAUGCCACAAACCAAAGGAGUGGGCUAUGGGAGAAAACAGUGUUGAGGGAUCAGUGCUGCUCCAUCACUUGUACUAAAAUGAGCAGCUCAAAGGCCAUGCACUUGAGUUGUUGGGUAAGUAGUUUUAGUUACAUGAGAAAUGCUCCAUGGAAUUUGCUGGCACUUAGGAACUGGGAUUGCUAAUUCAAUUUUUAAAAUCAGUUUUACUAUGGCAUAUUUUUAUGUACAGUAAAUUACAACCAUUAAAAAUUACAGCUUGCUGAGAUAAAUACACCUGUGAAAUGACCACCAUAAUCAAGAUAACAAAUAUUUCCAUCACUGUAAAAAUUUCCUUGUUUUCCUUUGCAGCCAAUCCCUGUCUGUAUCCCUGGUCCCCAAGGCAACCAUUAAUCUGUUUGUAAGAAUUUCAUAUAAAUGGAGCCAUCUUUUCCGUCUGGCUUCUUUUACUUGGCAUGAUGCUUUUGCAGUCAUCCAUGCAUGACUGUAUGUUUCUUUUAACUCAUUCACCUCUUGGUGGACAUUUGGGUUGUUUGCAGUUUGGAGCUCUUGUGAAUAAAAUUGUUAUUAAUAUUUGUGUGCAAAUAGGCUUCUAUUUCUCUUGGGAAAAUAGGUAAUUCAAUUUUUAUUCACCUUUAAUAGGACUACUUGAGUAUACAGACUAUACCCAAAUCAGUGUUAUAAGCUGGUGGCACGGUCCACUGGUCUAAGUUGGGGGAUCUCACCAGCCAGACUGGGGAGUGAGCAUCAGAAUUAACAUGGUAGUUUUUUCCAAAGUGCACAUACCUACUCCGUUUGUUCCUCCUUCCCCUCUGUCUUCACCCUAGAUGCUUAGAUUCUCAUGUGUCCCUGGUCAAGAACCUAGAUGAAAAAGCACAUCUAUGGGAGCCUUUGCAUUUAAUUUCUGGUCUCUGGAACUCUGGGCCUGAACUCCAACUCAAGAACCCUUGAAGGAUGAUUUUGGGAAUUAAAAAUAAAUAAUAAGAUAAAUAUGGUUGGUACGUGGUAGGAAAUUUUACCAUGUGAUUUAAGCAUCCCAGAUUGGGAUACCCUCAUUUUAUAGACGGGAAAGUAAAUUUAGAUUAAGUGACUGGCCCCAGAGCUUACAGCUGGUAAAAUUAAUCUGGGUCUUCUUACUCAAAAUCCACCUACGCUGCCGUGUUUGGAGUGUGUGUGAUAAAAUUGUAAGUUUUACUGUGAUUCAGUUCUGUCUCUGGUUGAUUCACGUAGGAGAUAAUUUUCCACUUCGCCUUUUAAUAAGAUAAGUGAAACAUCUACCCUUUUUUCUAGUCGGGAAAAAAAAAAAAGGUAUGUAGGCUUUGAAUUACUGUACAAAUGGAUUCAACUAGAAUGAAAGUGAGUUAACGUUCAAAACGUUCACGUUUGUCCUUAUAUAGGGCAAUGUUGUGGUGGGCUACCUAGGAAUCUCAAAGAUGGUUUGUGUACCUUUGUUGUAGCUGUACAUGCACAUAGUAAAAUUAGAUACCCAUUAAAUACAUAUGUUGACUUCUGGAAGUUUACCAAAGGAGCAAACAAUCUAAAAUGGUAGGUAACCCUAGAAUCUUUUAUAUUUGACUUUGGAAUAUGAUUUUGGCGUUUUUACAUGUGGUGUUGGCCAUAUUAGUGUGCUCAGGCUCAGUCUUUGUCAGACUGCCGUUUCUCAGGUUCGCAAGGUGAGUCAGCUGUACAGAGCUAUUCCAGGCAAAAGAACAGCCUCUGUCAGACUAGGGUUGUGCCCACUGAGCCUGUCCAUGUGGGGACUCUAAGAAGCCAGCGUGUCCCUCCAGCUUCCCUUUGCCUCUUCAGCCCUGUUCUGGUAAACUUUCACGUUAACGUUGACCUUGUACACUUAUCUGGCCAUAUGCACAUUUUUCCGGUGGUCAGUGGAGGCACAGAAAAACCCAGGCCUUUGCUUUCAGGCUCCAAGUUGAGGUUCCUUAAACCUCCCAUUUCAUGUUUUACUCCCACUCCGGUCGUGUGAGGUCUGCCAUGGGCAGCAGCCUCUCCCAAGCAGGGGGCAGCUCCCCACUCCUCCUACCCCAGUCAUAUGGCGGGUAGGAGGGAAAAAGCAGCCAUCCUAAUGAUGGCACCUGUUUCUCUCCCACAAAGUGCUCCACCCACUAGUCCCAUCUAUGGCUUCAUCAGGGGUCACCAAUCAUGUCCAGACCUAUAUUAGAGUGUCUCCUUGGAAGCUGAGUGAGGGACGAGGACUGAGGGGACACUGAGCCUUCUUUGGAAGUCAGAGCAUGAGGCCGACAGAGUGACGUUUGAGGAGUUCACAACCAGUUCAAACCACGUUAUGAACAAUGUAGAUAACGCUAAGAAAUUGUUCAUUUUCACCUUAUACCUUCUACACCCAGUAGCAUGCCAGAGCCAUCUUGUGGGCCAAUUGUGAAAUAAUCAGGAAUUUUGUAAGCAGGUUGUUAAAGUCGGUAGCUUCAAAUUGGCCAUGGCAGGAGUAUUUACAGGGGCAUCAACUUGACGGCAGCUAACAAUAACAAGGAGUACUUACACCACAGAAAUCAGCAAAUGCUAUAAAUCGGAGUACCUUCCCCCACCUCCAGCUGGUUUACUAGCCCACCACUGCAGCCAUUACAC